AUGAAGCCUCAGUAUGAGACCUGGAUUGCAAAGAAUAUAAUAGUCGUGAAGGUUUCAGAUCCAAUCGAAACUGAUAGCUUUCCGAAUGCUAGUUUUAAGGUCGCUAGAGGUUCAACGAGUCAGGUGUGCAAAUUCACUCUUGUUGAUAUACCUUGCCUGAACCCGUACGAUUGGAUUUUGUUGUUCAACAUGUUGCUGAAGGAUGAACAGAAGUACGAACCCAUUGUUGCUCAUCUCAAACAAAUGUUAAUCUCAUACAUUCAAGAGGCUGGCAAAAUGGAUGUGGAAAUUACAAUCGUACAUCGAAAGAGGCCGUCUGUGCUACCCAAAGAAGCUCUAAAAGACUUUGAUAAAAUGAAGCCAGGGAAGAUACAAAAGGAUGGCUCGUGUAUGAUAUUUCAAAUGAAAGAGCGAACUGAUGCUGAUUUUCACAAAGUUUGCUUCUUUCUUGCUAAUAAGCAUAUCUAUAACACUUCGUGCCUACAAUACAUCUUGGAAUUUAAGGGUAAAUGCAGAGUGAAUAGCAAAGGAGAUAAGAAGUGCUUCUCGGAUAUGAUCUUGUGGUAUAUCCAAGUUCGCAAGGAAUUGCUGAGCAUUAUUCCGAAACUUUUUGAAGUGCAGAAGCGAACUCCAUAG